ACCCGGAACUGUGUCGAUAAAGUUUUUUCAAAAGUCUUCUCCGCAGCAGCAAUGGCGGCUCCCAUGUCCUGGAGGAGGCUGGUGCACUCCAUGUACACACCGGCCAUCGCCGGGGUUUUUACCCGAAUAUCUGACCGACUCUUCCGUGCACGGGAUAGAAGAGGAGGCUCCUCGGUGUUCCUGUUAGCUCCCCUCCUGGCCGAAGCCGACCCAGCCCCCCGCCACGUUUCCAGGCCCACCGGGUCAGCAGGAGCUCAGGGCACAGAUGGCCUCUGCUCCCACUUCAGAUGGAUGGCAGAGCACGUGCCCGCCUUCAGGGUGCCGGGCACCCACAUCCACGUCCUCACCUCGCCUGACCAGUUCUACCAGACCAUGAAGGCUCGCAUCAAGACGGCGAAGAGACGAGUGGUGAUGGCCUCGUUGUAUCUGGGAACAGGCCAGCUGGAGCAGGAGCUGGUGGACUGUAUGGAGGAAGCCUUACUGCGCUCACAGGAGAACAGUCAUGAUCCGGACCUGAAAGUCUCCGUGCUGCUGGACUACACGCGCGGCUCACGAGGUCAGAUAAACUCGAGAACGAUGCUGCUGCCGCUGCUGCAGCGCUUCACCUCUCAGAUGCGAGUCUCUCUGUAUCACACUCCGGACCUGAGGGGGCUGCUGCGGCUGCUCGUCCCUCAGCGCUUCAACGAGACCAUCGGGGUGCAGCACAUCAAAGUCUACCUGUUCGAUGACAGCAUCAUCAUCAGCGGGGCGAACCUGAGCGACUCGUACUUCACCAACAGACAGGACCGAUACGUGCUGCUGGAGAACUGCGGGGAGGUCGCCGACUUCUUCUCGGACCUGGUGGAGGCCGUCGGUGACGUUUCCCUGCAGCUCCAGCCCGACGACUCGGUCACCAUGCUGGAGGGGAUGGUGCAUCCGUACAAAGGCAACAGGCAGGACUUCUCGGUGGCGGCGAGACAGCGGAUCAUGGAGGUGAUGACCACGGCCCAGGUGAGGCAGCGGCUCCUGAACAGCUCGGGGGACUCCGACCACGAGGGGGCGGGCGAGGGGGAGGAGGACACCUGGGUGUUUCCCCUGGUCCAGAUGAAACCGCUGGGCAUCCAGGUGGACGAGCAGGUCACACAGCGGCUGCUGACGGACGCGGGGCCGGACUCCACUGUGUUUCUAACAUCGGGCUACUUCAACCUGACCCGGGCGUACAUGGGGCUGGUGCUCGGGGCCGGAGCCAGCUACCGCAUCCUCACCGCCUCCCCCGAGGUCAACGGCUUCUUCGGAGCCAAGGGCGUCGCCGGCGCGAUCCCCGCGGCGUACAUCCACAUCGCCAGACAGUUUUACAACCAGGUGUGCCGGCUGGGCCAGCAGGAGAGGAUACACCUGCACGAGUACCACAGGUCACAGUGGACCUUCCACGCUAAAGGUCUGUGGUAUUACCUCCAGGGGCAGGGCCGGCCGUGCCUCACGCUAAUCGGCUCGCCCAAUUUUGGCUACCGCUCGGUUCACCGUGACCUGGAGGCCCAAAUCGCCAUAGUAACGGAGAACGAGGAGCUGCAGAGCCAACUGCAGGAGGAGCAGGAGACGUUGUACCGGCGCUCCUCGGAGGUCUCCGACUCCACGUUUGAGCAGCCGGACCGCCACGUCAAGCUGUGGGUCAAACUGGUCACGCCGCUCAUCAAGAACUUCUUCUAAGAUGCCACCAGGGGGUGCGUGGCUUCAGUUUUUCUCAGUCCUGAUCUUCGGGGCUCUUUUAUGGAGGUCGCUUCUCUCCUCCAGAACGGGACAGUCGGACAUGCUUCGGUGUGAACGGCAUGCUGGGAGACUUUUGGACUUCAUCUCGGGUUUACGCUCAUCGGUGUGUCGCAGGAAGUCGGACACACACGGGGGAGCCACUUGUGGUGCAUUCAGGGGUUAAUCCCCUUCUUUAUGUAAACUCAAGAUCUUUUGGUUUACAACUAAUGUUACCCUGUUAGUUUAUUAACAGUGAACGCAAUCACACUUUGGGAUUCUGUUUUUUUUUUAAGUAUUACUAACAAAGAAACUUCUAUACAUCUCUCCAGAUCCAUGUUGCAUGUUUCAGAAAAGAGAAAAGAGACUUCAUCAGUGGAAGUCCCUGAAGUGCACACGGGUAAAACCUCGAGGAGCCUUAAUGACCGUUUAAGAGCGAGUUUACAGGAACAGGAAUCAAAGCUAAAUGUACAGUGUCUAUGUGUUAUUACCUUUGUAAAUUAAAGGACAAUUAUGUGAGUUUUUAAAAAUGA